CUGUCUGGCAUGUCUGGUGCACGGUGGAAGGGAUGUGUGCGAAGGUCGUAUUAAUCGCCUGAAGUUUCGUUGUGACAGAAAAACAGAAGAUCAUGGUGGUGUUUUCCUUGACACUAGUCCGACAUGGGGAGACGCUUUAUAAUAGAAAAAAGAUCCUGCAAGGUCAGACAGAUGUGCCAUUAUCACAAGUUGGAAUACAGCAAGCCAAGAUGGCAGCGAACCGCCUGGAGAAUGAGAAUUUUACCCAUGUGUUCUCGAGUGACCUGAGUCGGGCCAAUCAGACGGCCCAGGUGAUCAUGGAGGGUAACAGCGUGUGUCACAGCACAGUUGUCACGGACAAGCGACUCCGGGAAAGGAAAUUUGGUACUCUUGAGGGGAAAUCUCACAAGGAGCUGAUUGCUGCUGCCAAGAAAGCUAACACCAAUGUGGCCAGCUAUACCCCUCCUGGUGCUGAAACUAACCUACAGAUGCAAGAACGGGCAAUGUCAUUUUUUCGUGAUCUAUGCAAACUUCUGGUGGCCUUCAUGAAUGAGACUGAGGAUAAUGAAUAUACUCCAGGAUCCAUUAAACAGCGCCAUGGUGGUAGCCUGGGACGUAAUAGUGGCAACAUACGUAACCGGCUAGUGAGCAGUCGACGUAGCCAGUCCUUCUGCGGCAUUGCAUCAAUGUCAGAUGCCCCAGACCUCGACAUAUAUAAUGAUUACCAGUCAUCUGAUCAGAAACGGCGCAAAUACGAGAAGGAUCAUGACACCAGUGAUGAUCCGGAAGAUAGUCCAUGUCACAAUUCUUCAUCAUCAGCAACAGUAGCGGCAGCAAGUCAUUCUGUACGAUCUCAAUACACAAACGGAGGGUUGUGUUCUUCUCAAGACGAGAAUCUCACGGACACUGUGAUAGGCAGGUCUAACUCCAGCAGUUCUUCAGGCUACGCCAGCCUGCCAGAUGGGACAGAUCUGUCGGACAAAGAUAGUGAGGAUCAGGGUGAGCGUGAGGACCAGUCAGAGACUAAGAAAGCUAGUCUCGAGAACUUGUUUACUCCUAGCGGUUACCUAGAACUUAAUUGUGAAUCCCCAGACAAUUUUUCAAAUUCUGAAAAUGAACAAUCUUCAGAUUCACCAGCUGAUACUAAGCCAGAUUCUGACCAAACCUUUAUCACUGGGCCAUCAGUGGUAAAUAGGUCACCGGCGGGAGGCUACUGUCCAAAUGUGUCCCUAUCUCCACUACUGGCCCAUCGUCUGUCCAGUGUGUCCAGUAUCAGUUCCGGUCGAAACAGUUCCUUUGAUGACAUGGACGGAUUACCACCUACUGUGGCUGAUGUCCUCAUCGUGAGCCAUGGUGGAUUCAUCAAGGAAAUGAUUCGCCAUUUUGUAGAGAAUCUGGAUUGUAAAAUACCGGGAGGUAAAAGUCAUGCGCUCAAAGUGUGUGCCAACUGCAGCCUUUCUAAGUUCACUGUGACUGUGCAUAAUGUUAGCGAGUCACCAACUGUCAGUUGUAUUAGUAUCAAUGAGAGAGACCAUCUGCGUGAGGUAGAUGUCACAGAGUUUGACUUGGCUCUCUAGCAUUUCUUCAGUGUAUCUCGCUUUUCUUUGGCAUCUCCUAUGUGUCACCACCAUUUUUCAUUUUUAUUUUUGGUCUAAAAUUGGAUAUUAUCCAUUUUAAGCUGCAUAUUUUUAUCGAUUGAUACUCAUCCUUAAUACCUUAUUUUUGAAUUUUAUUUUCUGACUAAAAUUAGAUAUUUUUUCUAUUUAACUUUAAAGUUGUAUCGAUUUUUGAAAACAGUUAUAACAUUAAUUGAUCCUUUCUUAUUUACUGUCAUGAUGACAGUGUUGAAUAUUUUGCAGAUAAAUAUAAUAUUUACCUGUUCCAUUGGUUUGGUAACUGUAUCCAAUUCAGUGGUAUUCUCCGGCCAUUUUUAGCAUAAUAUUAAUCUAUGAUUAUGUAGUACUUAGUACUAUUUAACAUCCAUUCUGUAAUAUUUGAUAUUAAAGUAAUUUGUUUCAUAAUUGAUAUGCUUCCAGAUUACAAAACAAUUGGUGUUAGUAUUAAACAGCUUAAAAAGAGUUUUUUUGCCAUUUUAUACGGACAAUUUUUAAUUACCACAUUGUAAGAUUUUACCACAGGUUCCCUACCAAUUUCAAAAACCAUAUGCUGUAAUCUAUUCAGGAGGAAUAGCUAUCUAUACAGAGCCUACAAUAAAGUACUUUGAGAAAUCCAAGAGAGAACACAAGUUUAUAUAUAUAUCAUGAAAUAAAAGAUAUCUUAAUUUGAAAUACAAGACCUUUGGCUAUAUAUAUAAUUGCUUUUUCACAUCCAUUUCAUUUCUCAUUGUUAAUUACAAUUAAAUUAAUUUGAUCAAUUUCACUACCAUCACAUGUAUUAAAAUGCACCAGAUUUCAUAUGACUUGUUGAUGUAAAAGCUAUGUAGUUUGAUAACCAGUUGAUUUACAUGUACAAUUCCCUGUCCCGUCCAGCUGUGUUGGUAGGUCUGUAGAUUGUAAUAAGUUUAAAUUUCAAGACUGAAGUAAGUUUCUGUAAACACAUAAAUUAUCCUUAUUUAAAGACCAUUGCUAUACUUUUAAUAGGUACAAGUAAUUCAACAGUGAAUAGCACUGAAAUAUAUGUUUUAAUAUUUGUUUAUCUUGGGAGUCUUUUUUUUUUAAAUUUGACUUUUAAAGAUUUAGAAAUUUGUUUUGGUCCAAUUGUAAAUACAAUUAAAUAACCUUCAUUAUCUUUAUUGAGAAAUUCAUAAAUUAUCAGAAAACAUUUAGAUAAUAAUUCUUAGACCGGAAUAUGUGUAGAUAUCACCUCUGGCAUAUAAAUAUUUUAUCUGUAAAUAAACUGUUGUACAUUGUAAUUUGUAGAUUGACAUUUUUCUCAGUAAAUAUCAAGUAUCUAUAUAUAAUGUUAGAGCUUUAAGAUGUAUGCACUUUAAAGCUACUAAUUUUGGCAAAACAUUUGGGCUAUCAGUUAUGUGUGUAAUAUUGAAUUUCUUAUAUCCUGUAAAUUGUGCACAGAAUUGUUAAUAGACAAAUAUCUGAACUUGAAUAACAAAAUCACCUGCUUUUGUGCAUAUAGAUUAUUCUCCUUCUGAAUUUAUCUUAGAAUAUUAACGAAGAUGCUACAUUGAUUGCCGACAAAUCUAAUGGAUUACUUCUCACAAAAAUGCAUAAAAUUCAGUAUGGAAAUAUAAAUUUACAACAACAAAAGAAAAAAAUAAUCAGCAUUCAAAUAAUUCUUACAUUGUACAAAACCAAAAGUUUCUUGCAAGAUAUAAAGGCAGAGCUUGAUAGAAUUUCUUAGUUAAUUAAUCCACUUAAAAGAUAAGAUCCUAGAAGCUUUAACUUUUGGAAUGUAGUGUUUUAGUGUUAAGUAUGUAACUGUAUUGAAUACAAAUAUACAGCACCUUAUUAUUGUUUUAAAAUUAUCUUAAAAUAAAUAAUUACUCUUUGUUGGAGGUGUAGCAUCUUUAAAUAAAUUGUAUUUAUGUAUUAACAAACAUGUUUCAUUUUGGUAUCACAUGAUUUUCUACUGAACAGUUUGUAUAGUAAAUUGUUUUUUAAAAACACAGACUGAUGCAUUGACCACACAUGCCUUUCAUAUGUUGAUAUACAGUGUAAAAAUAACUGCUAUUGAUUAGUCUAGCAUAUGCUAAUAAAAGGUGAGGUGGUUAUGUAAUUGAUUUGAAUGCAUGUUUUUUUCUGUUGAAGAAAUAUUGAUCUUUUUUAGUGCUUUAAUAGGUUUCUGUAGAAGUAAAUCUAGAAAAUCAAUUGGUGAGCCUGGAAUCAGAAAAUGUUUGAUUCCAGUAUGUAGCUUUAUUUCUUAUGUCAUAAUUUUGUUAAGUUUUGAAUAUUUUUAUAUGAAAAUAUAUGUUACACUUAAGACCAUAUCUAGCUAGUUUCUGAAUAAAAAUGUAUGUAUACUUAACUGGUCAGUAUUUCAUCAUAUGGUUUGUACAAAUGCAAUGUUUAAUCAUUGCCACCUACUCUUUUGAAUAUUACUAAUGUGAUCAUUAUACUGUUGAAGCACAGUAAUUGAAAGUUAGAUUCCUCUGAAUUCAUUGGAGUAUCUCUGACUGAAAGAUUGCUCCUCAUCCAUUUUUAGCAGUCUUUGGUUUGCCAGGGCUCACAAGUUUACAUCAUUCAUGGAUUGCUUUGCUAAUAUCAAGAUAUAAGUGAAUUCAGGAUUUGUUUUUGUUUGUUAUUUUUUCUGUUGCAUGUCACAAAGUGCACCCAGAUGUGAGUUGUAUAGCCUAGUGAGUUUUGAUUAUAUUCUGUUAUGCACUAUAGCUAUUAUAUUAUAUAGAAAACUGAAAACAGCUGAUUGUCUUGAAAUUGUAAUUGUGAACAGGAUGAAUUGUUUAUUGUUGAUAUGUCAGUUCUAGUGCAUUUAUAAGAUGUAUUUAUUUCCUUACAUAUAUAUACAUUGAAGACAAAAAUGGCAUUUUUAUAUUUUUCUUUUUUUUAAUCUAAACAUGAUAACUGAAUUAUUUAGUUCUCAUUACUUCACAGCUGUUCCUGUGUUGAUAAUAAUAUUGAAUUUUGAUUACGUUGUGAGUACCAUUAAUGUUUCCACACUACAAAGUAAAUGCUCUCAAAUCU